CCCCAAAACCCUCUCACCCGCGCGGCAACCCGGUGCGAGGCCCCCUCCGGAAGGUGAGGGGAAUGGAUUGGACUCCGGUGGGGAAAGCGGGUGUCUAGAAGUGGUGCUAAUGGGAAGAGAUUUCUGGUUUCAAAAGAGGAUGCUCUGCCACAAAGAGCGGCUCGCGCGCUGGCCUGGGCUCUAGCCGAGGAGAGAUCCCGGGAGAACUCCAGAGCUCGUGGGGAGCGCUCCUCUGAAGACCGGGAUCAACAUGCCUGUUCGCAGGGGGCAUGUGGCACCACAAAACACAUUUUUGGGGACCAUCAUACGGAAAUUUGAAGGGCAAAAUAAAAAAUUUAUCAUUGCAAAUGCCAGAGUGCAGAACUGUGCCAUCAUCUACUGCAACGAUGGGUUCUGUGAGAUGACUGGUUUCUCCAGGCCAGAUGUCAUGCAAAAGCCGUGCACCUGCGACUUUCUCCAUGGGCCUGAGACUAAGAGGCAUGAUAUUGCCCAAAUUGCCCAGGCAUUGCUGGGGUCAGAGGAGAGGAAAGUGGAGGUCACCUACUAUCACAAAAAUGGGUCCACUUUCAUUUGUAACACUCACAUAAUUCCAGUGAAGAACCAAGAGGGCGUGGCUAUGAUGUUCAUCAUUAAUUUUGAAUAUGUGACAGAUGAAGAAAAUGCUACUUCCCCAGAGAGGGUAAACCCAAUAUUACCAGUCAAAACUGUAAACCGGAAACUUUUUGGGUUCAAGUUCCCUGGUUUGAGAGUUCUCACUUACAGAAAGCAGUCCUUACCACAAGAAGACCCCGAUGUGGUAGUAAUCGAUUCAUCUAAACACAGUGAUGAUUCAGUAGCCAUGAAACACUUUAAGUCUCCUACAAAAGAAAGCUGCAGCCCCUCAGAAGCAGAUGAUACAAAAGCCUUGAUACAACCCAGCAAAUGCUCACCCCUGGUGAAUAUAUCCGGACCUCUUGACCAUUCCUCUCCCAAAAGGCAAUGGGACCGUCUCUACCCUGACAUGCUGCAAUCAAGUUCCCAGUUAACUCAUUCCAGAUCAAAGGAAAGCAUCUGCAGUAUACGGAGAGCUUCAUCAGUUCAUGACAUAGAAGGAUUCAAUGUCCACCCUAAGAAUGUAUUUAGAGACCGACAUGCCAGUGAAGACAAUGGUCGCAAUGUUAAAGGGCCUUUUAAUCAUAUCAAGUCAAGCCUCCUGGGAUCCACGUCGGAUUCAAACCUCAACAAAUACAGCACCAUUAACAAGAUUCCACAGCUCACUCUGAAUUUUUCAGAUGUCAAAGCUGAAAAAAAGAACACAUCCCCUCCUUCUUCAGAUAAAACCAUUAUUGCACCCAAAGUUAAAGAUCGAACACACAAUGUGACAGAGAAAGUUACCCAGGUUCUCUCUUUAGGAGCGGAUGUCCUGCCAGAAUAUAAACUGCAGACACCACGCAUCAACAAGUUUACAAUAUUGCACUACAGUCCUUUCAAGGCUGUCUGGGAUUGGCUUAUUCUGCUGUUGGUCAUAUACACGGCUAUAUUCACUCCCUACUCUGCAGCCUUUCUCCUCAAUGACAGAGAAGAACAGAAAAGACGAGAAUGCGGCUAUUCCUGCAGCCCUUUGAAUGUGGUAGACUUGAUUGUGGAUAUUAUGUUUAUCAUAGACAUUCUUAUAAACUUCAGAACAACAUAUGUAAAUCAGAAUGAAGAAGUGGUAAGUGAUCCAGCCAAAAUAGCAAUACACUACUUCAAAGGCUGGUUCCUGAUUGACAUGGUUGCAGCAAUUCCUUUUGACUUGCUGAUUUUUGGAUCUGGUUCUGAUGAGACAACAACAUUAAUUGGUCUUUUGAAGACAGCUCGACUCCUUCGUCUUGUGAGAGUGGCCCGGAAACUUGAUCGAUAUUCAGAAUAUGGGGCUGCCGUUCUAAUGCUCUUAAUGUGCAUAUUUGCCCUGAUUGCUCACUGGCUGGCUUGCAUUUGGUAUGCGAUUGGGAAUGUAGAAAGGCCAUACCUGACUGACAAAAUCGGAUGGUUGGAUUCCUUAGGACAACAAAUUGGGAAACGUUACAAUGACAGUGAUUCAAGUUCAGGACCAUCCAUUAAAGACAAAUACGUCACAGCACUUUAUUUUACCUUCAGCAGCUUAACAAGUGUAGGAUUCGGCAAUGUGUCUCCUAACACCAAUUCAGAGAAAAUCUUUUCAAUUUGUGUCAUGUUGAUUGGCUCACUAAUGUAUGCAAGCAUUUUUGGGAACGUAUCUGCAAUUAUCCAAAGACUGUACUCGGGAACUGCCAGGUACCACAUGCAGAUGCUGCGAGUAAAAGAGUUCAUUCGCUUUCACCAAAUCCCCAACCCUCUGAGGCAACGGCUUGAAGAAUAUUUCCAGCAUGCAUGGACUUACACCAAUGGCAUUGACAUGAACAUGGUCCUAAAGGGUUUCCCAGAAUGUUUACAAGCUGACAUUUGUCUACAUCUCAACCAGACUUUGCUGCAAAACUGCAAAGCCUUUCGGGGGGCAAGUAAAGGUUGCCUUAGAGCUUUGGCAAUGAAGUUCAAGACCACCCACGCACCUCCAGGAGACACUCUGGUUCACUGUGGGGAUGUCCUCACUGCACUUUAUUUCUUAUCCAGAGGCUCCAUUGAAAUCCUCAAAGAUGACAUUGUGGUAGCUAUUCUGGGAAAAAAUGAUAUAUUUGGAGAGAUGGUUCAUCUUUAUGCCAAACCUGGGAAAUCUAAUGCUGAUGUCAGAGCUCUCACAUACUGUGACUUGCAUAAGAUCCAGAGGGAAGACUUGCUAGAGGUUUUGGAUAUGUAUCCUGAGUUUUCUGAUCACUUUCUCACAAACCUAGAGUUGACUUUCAACCUAAGGCAUGAGAGUGCAAAGGCUGAUCUCUUAUUACGAUCACAGUCCAUGAAUGAUUCUGAAGGAGACAACUGUAAGCUGCGAAGAAGGAAAUUGUCAUUUGAUAGUGAAGGAGAGAAAGAAAGCACAACAAAUGAUCCUGAAGACUCUAUAGAUACCAUAAGACAUUAUCAGAGUUCCAAGAGACACUUUGAAGAGAAAAAAAGCAGAUCUUCAUCUUUCAUCUCCUCCAUUGAUGAUGAACAAAAGCCUCUCUUCUCAGGAAUUGUAGAUUCUCCUCCAGGAAUAGGGAAAGUAACUGGACUUGAUCUUGAAGAAACAGUGCCCACCUCAGGAAGAAUUCACGUGGAUAAAAGAAGUCACUCUUGCAAAGAUAUUGCAGAUACUAGAAGCUGGGAACGAGAAAAUGCCGGGACUCAGGCUGAUGAGUCAAGUUCCUCAGCACUUCAGCGAGCUGCCUGGGGGAUCUCUGAAACCGAAAGUGACCUCACCUAUGGAGAAGUGGAGCAAAGAUUAGAUUUGCUUCAAGAACAGCUUAACAGACUUGAAUCCCAAAUGACUGCAGACAUCCAGACCAUCUUACAGCUGCUGCAGAAACAAACCACUGUGGUCCCCCCAGCCUACAGUAUGGUCACUGCAGGAACCGAGUAUCAGAGGCCCAUCAGCCACCUAACAAGAACCAGGCAUCCAGUGGCAUCCAUCAAAACAGAUCGAAGUUUCAGUCCAUCCUCACAAUGUCCUGAAUUUCUAGACCUUGAAAAAUCUAAACUUAAAUCCAAAGAAUCCCUCUCAAGUGGAGUGCAUCUGAACACAGCUUCGGAAGACAACUUGACUUCACUUUUAAAACAAGACAGUGACAUCUCUUUAGAGCUUCAUCCCCCGAGGCAAAGAAAAACUUACCUCCGUCCAAUUAGACAUCCUUCUUUGACAGAUUCUUCCCUAAGCACUGUAGGAAUCUUGGGUCUUCAUAGGCAUGUUUCUGAUCCUGGUCUUCCAGGGAAAUAAUCAUUUUGUACUAUUUAUUCCACAUACGAUGUAAGUGCUUUUAAUGGCUGUUUUCCUUUUUGUAUUUAAAUCCUCUCUACUUGACUCAGGGGCUCACAAGAUACCAUUAUAUGCAAAAGUACUGUAUAUUUUCCUAAAUUGAAGCUUGUAAGGUAAAAUUGAGCAAUUAGGAUGUAAAUAUACAUAUGAACUCUUUUGUUCCAAAUGUUAAAACUGCCAGCAUCUCAAGGCACCUUAUUUUUUAUUUUUUUUAAAUCACAUGCAUGUUAGGAAACUCCAAUUUCUCUUGCAUGGAGACUCCUAUUUACUGCUUUUACGCAACCAGUACUUUGUUAUGAAAAUGCCUUCCAAGCAAAUGAGAAAACAAAGGAUAAAAUUGUUCAUGGAUGCAACUCAGAUGAUUCUCAACUCAU